UGUCUGUCUGUCUUUAUCACUGGAUCGAUGAACUGAUGGAUCCAUCCAUGACAUCAGUUGCAUCUGUAUGGCUGAUGGGUAUGCCUUUACCAGCUUAAAUGAUCUACCAGAGAUUGAUUUUUGUCUAUUUUCCUCUAUAAAAAGUUCAAGGCCAGUAAUUUGUCUUUCCACAAAUUCUCAAACAGACUGGGUUAAUCUUAAGAAAUCAAUAUGCUUAUGCCCAUUGGCUGAGUUUGUGCUCUAACAAGCUUCUAACAUAUGUUCUUUUAGUUUUGCCCUGUAUUUAACUCAAUCUCUUAUUGAACUGAUCAAUUUCAAACGGAGUUUGUCUGAGAUUUCUGUCUGAGUCUGACAAAAGUUGAUACCUGUGAGGUUCUGGUCCUAAUGAUCAUCUUUGCUCCUUUUCUUCAAGUUCUCACCUCAAACUGCACAGCAGCGUUGCUGCUAUUUGUGUACAUGGUGUUCUUUUUGUUGUCCUUUCAGUCGAGCACGACUCUAGAUUGCGUAUAUAACUAAACUUACUUUUUCACUAGUAUAGUAUUAUUAAAGUAAUAUCUAGUGUUUGGAUUUUUACCUAUAGAGUAGAAUAUCUAGGCAGCGGAGUAUUACUUUUUCAGAUAAGCUUCUAAUGUUAGUGCAUUAUUUUUUGUCAGAGAUAGAGAAUAAAAAAAACAAGUAGCGUUUAGUAAUAAGCUGUCCACCAUUUGAACGAAAUGUUCCUGUAUUUUUUUUAAUAUAGCAGUUUCCAAUUUCAGGUCAGAACCUUAAAAGAUUAAAGAUGCCUCUAACUAAGAUGAUUUACUGUAUUGCUCUUAAUGCUCAGUACUCUUUUGUGAAAAAAAGUCAUCCAUGUAAGCUAGCAUUUCAAAUUUAAAGAUGAGAUUGCAAUGUUUCAGAGGGUUUUUGAAUCAGAAAUACUGAUAUGAAAGAUUUCAGCAGUGUUUUUAUUCUAGUGUCUUGACCAAAUAUUUACACAUUUUCAUUCUUUUAGUUAAACCCAAAGAAAUUAAUCACAACAGACAGGAAAAAACUUGUAUGGCUGCAAAAACUUGAGAUUGAGGUGGAGGUUCAGAUUUUAUUUUGUGAGAAACACUAAUCCACAUUUACAUUAUAUAGGUUAGAUCAAAGCACUUUUAUUUUCUUAAGCCUGAACUCAGUCUAAUUCAGAAUCUGUGGCAAGACUAGAAGAUUCCUGUCCUGAGAUGCUUUCCCGCCAAUCUAAGUGGACUUGAGCUAUUAAGCUAAUAAGAAUUAGCAUACAUUUCAGUCUCUUCAUGCAUGAAGCUGGUGGACACAUACCAUAAAGCUGUAGCUGCAGCAAAAGCCAAUUGUACCAAGUAAUGGCUUAGCUUGGAUAAGUUCAAAUGCACUGCCCACUUUUUGAUUUGUGAUAAGAAAAACUUUUCAAAACCUCAUCAUUUCCCCAGAUCUUUGAAAACAUGCAUUUGUCUGUGACAUAAAGUCUAAGUAAACACACUGAGGUAACAACAAAAAAAUGGCAAUAUAUGGAAUUGUUCAAGGGGUUUAAAUACAUUUACAAUGUGUUCUCCUAUUUCUGACAAAUAUCAAUGAGAUUUUCCUGAUAUUAAGCCUUUUUUUGUGUAAUUUUAAUGGAAUUUACAACACAGUGAAAAUCAGUAACAGUAUUCUAGCAGGGAUCAUUUUUUAUAUUCUAUCCAAAUAUUAAAUGUUGAUCUUUAUCCAGUGAAAUGCUCUGAACAUAGUUAAAUUAUGUUUUUUGUGUAAUCCUCUUCCCUCCCCCUCCAUUCUGACAAACACUAUUUAAAUUAAUCUGUUUGGAGUUUUUUUCCCUGCUGUGGCACUGAAUGGCAGACGGAGCGAUCUCUAUCAGCUGCUGAUAGAAUGUGUCACAUUUAGUUUUGGGGUUAACUGACAUUAUGGUUAAUGCAUUGGCUAUGAUUUAUUUAGGGAUUAUUGGAGAAUCACUGAAUCUGUGCCACAGAAACACAAACUAUGAUCACCAUAACUUCCAAAUGUUCUGCGCACAGCUUUGCUGUACGGUCUUGUGCAACACAGAUACAAGCUGUUCCCUGCCCAAGAUUAGUGAAUGAACUCUUGUUCAUGAGUAGUACUUGUAGAGUCACAGAGAUGAGAUGUGGGUUAUAUUGUAAAACCAGCUGAUGGGCAUGAAUGCAGUCCGGCUUCUUCCUUUCCUUUCCCAGGAUGAAUCCUAAAGGAGCUUACACUCUAAUAUCCUGAUGGGAAAACGGCUUGCUUUAAGCUUGCACUGAAUCGUCAAGAGAAUGUUGCAAAGGUUUGCGGGACGUCAGAACACCAUACUUCUUUGAAGACGGGGCUGAUUUUUCUUGUUGGAGAGUGAUUUUUCUGCUUGAUUUCACCUCAUAAGACUGCAGAAUUUUGAAUGCUGUUUUUAGUUUUAUUUAAUUUCGUACCAACUGGAAGCUCGGCAGGGUGGUUUCUGAAUAUGAUUCCAACAAAGAUUUUAGUGUACAGGGGCCCCAAUGAGGACACCCUCUCUAAGACGGUGCAAAGUACAACAAGACGCAAGAAAUCAACAGGGGAGCUUUUCCAGAAGGGCUACAGGGUCAGAAUGAGCCAUGGGUUGGUCCCUGAUAAAGAGGACCAAGACAGCUUCUGCUUCAGUCUGGGUGGAUGCUUUCACAUGAUUUCCUACUGGGGUUUGAGGUUUUUAAGAGCCUUAAGAUUGAUACAGUUCUCAGAAAUUUUACAGUUUUUGAAUAUUCUGAAGACAAGCAACUCCAUUAAGUUGGUGAACUUGUGUUCAAUCUUCAUAAGCACAUGGCUAACUGCAGCAGGCUUCAUCCAUUUGGUGGAAAACUCAGGGGAUCCUUGGGAAAACUUCUCAAAUUCUCAAACACUUUCCUAUUGGGAAUGUGUCUACCUACUAAUGGUUACGAUGUCGACUGUUGGCUAUGGAGACGUUUAUGCAAAAACCACUCUUGGCCGCUUGUUUAUGGUCUUCUUUAUCCUUGGUGGUUUGGCCAUGUUUGCAAGCUACGUCCCUGAAAUCAUAGAGUUAAUAGGAAACCGCAAGAAAUAUGGUGGUUCCUAUAGUGCUGUUAAUGGGAGAAAGCACAUCGUGGUCUGUGGUCACAUAACGCUCGAGAGUGUGUCCAACUUUCUAAAAGACUUCCUACACAAGGACAGGGAUGAUGUCAAUGUAGAAAUUGUUUUUCUCCAUAAUAUUUCCCCUAAUCUUGAGCUGGAAGCCUUGUUUAAACGUCACUUUACCCAAGUAGAGUUUUACCAGGGCUCAGUCCUGAAUCCCCAUGACCUGGCCAGAGUCAAGAUUGAAUCAGCUGAUGCCUGCCUGAUUUUAGCGAACAAAUACUGUGCGGACCCAGAUGCUGAAGAUGCAUCCAACAUCAUGAGGGUAAUAUCGAUCAAGAACUAUCAUCCCAAAAUCCGAAUAAUAACACAGAUGUUGCAGUACCACAAUAAGGCGCACCUUUUGAACAUCCCGAGCUGGAACUGGAAGGAGGGGGACGACGCUAUUUGCCUUGCGGAGCUGAAACUGGGUUUCAUUGCCCAGAGCUGCCUGGCUCAAGGCCUCUCCACCAUGCUGGCCAACCUUUUCUCCAUGAGGUCCUUCAUCAAGAUCGAGGAAGACACAUGGCAGAAGUAUUACCUGGAGGGAGUAGCCAAUGAGAUGUACACUGAGUACCUGUCCAGUGCCUUUGUUGGGUUAUCCUUCCCAGUCAUAUGCGAACUCUGCUACGUGAAGCUGAAGCUACUGUUGAUAGCGAUUGAGUACAAGUCUGAUCAAAGGGAAAGCAGCACCUUGAUCAACCCUGGAAACCAUGUGAAAAUGGAGGAGGGGACCCUGGGCUUUUUCAUUGCAAGUGAUGCCAAAGAAGUAAAGAGGGCACUGUUUUAUUGCAAGGCCUGUCAUGAUGAUAUAACAGAUCCCAAAAGGAUAAAAAAAUGUGGAUGCAAGAAAUUGAUAUAUUCCAAGACGCCUGCCUACAAGAGAAUGAGACUGGCAUGUUGCUUUGAUCGCGGCCGCUCCAAGUGGCAGCGCUCUUGCAUGCCGGUUAAUGUUCGUAGUAACUUGGACUACCCUCAUCAGGACAUACCACUCUCUGCUCUCUCUGUUAAUGAUUGCUCAGCCACUUUACGUGCCUCUAAAAAUAGCUAUAAUGGAUAUAUCAAAUCAACAGUAAAAAGCAGCCCUGUAAUCCGGCCACCACCUUAUCAAUACAAAUCAGUUAAACUGAACCAUGUUUCAGCCAGCAUGGUCUGUAGGGCCCCCCACAGAGAUGCUGCUGGUCCCAUCCCGUUGGUAAACAACCGCAAGGGAAGCCUGCUGGCCCUCAGCAAGCCUUCUGCCCUGAAACUGAGCCUUGUGGGCUCUAGAGACCUGGCCCAGGUCGGCCAGCUGCCAGGGGUGGCAGAGGAGACACGUCGACUUCAGCGGGCGCGAAGCCUGCCCGUGAAGUACAGAUACCACCACGGUCACCCCAGUAUCACCACUCACAGUCAGAUGAAGCUCGAGGAGGACCAACAGACAGCUUUAUCACCCAAAAAGAAGCAGCGUAAUGGAGGAAUGAGAAAUUCUCCAAACUCCUCACCUAAGAUUACGAGACACGACCCGCUCCUUAUCCCAGGCAAUGAGCAGGGCGAGACCAUGGAUGAGAACAUAAAAAAAUACGACUCCACGGGGAUGUUUCACUGGUGCCCAUCUAAAGACAUUGAGAAGGUUAUCCUGACUCGCAGCGAAGCAGCUAUGACUGUUCUGAGCGGACAUGUGGUUGUGUGCAUCUUUGGGGAUGUAAAAUCGGCACUGAUUGGUCUCCGAAACUUUGUGAUGCCCCUGAGAGCAAGCAACUUCCACUACCACGAGUUGAAGCACAUCGUGUUUGUGGGAUCCCUUGAAUAUCUGAAACGGGAGUGGGAAACACUACACAACUUCCCAAAAGUGUCCAUCCUGCCGGGCACACCAUUGAGCAGGGCUGAUCUGAGGGCUGUCAACAUCAACCUCUGCGACAUGUGUGUCAUCCUGUCAGCCAAUCAGAACAAUAUUGACGAUGCAUCACUGCAGGACAAAGAGUGCAUCCUGGCGUCACUUAACAUCAAAUCCAUGCUGUUUGAUGACAGCAUCGGGGUCCUGCAGGCCAAUUCUCAAGGCUUCACGCCUCCUGGGAUGGACCGAUCCUCUCCUGAGAACAGCCCGGUCCACGGAUUAGUGCGGCAGACCUCCGUUACAACUGGAGGAAAUAUUCCUAUCAUAACAGAGCUUGCACCAUUAGCAAAGCAAGGCAAAAAAGUGCCUGUGAUUUCAUUCAGUCAGGAUAAAAGCAGUGGGACCAGCAUACAAAUGAUAACUGAGCUGGUUAAUGACUCAAACGUUCAGUUUCUGGACCAAGACGAUGACGACGAUCCAGACACAGAGUUAUACCUCACUCAGCCUUUUGCAUGUGGGACAGCAUUUGCAGUCAGUGUGCUUGACUCCUUAAUGAGUGCGACAUACUUCAAUGAUAAUAUCCUCACCUUGAUCCGGACGUUGGUAACAGGUGGUGCCACUCCAGAGCUUGAGGGUUUGCUGGCUGAGGAGAAUGCAUUACGUGGUGGCUACAGCACUCCACAGACCCUGGCAAACAGGGACAGGUGUCGUGUGGCACAGCUGGCCCUAUAUGAUGGGCCCUUUGCUGACCUCGGGGAUGGCGGCUGUUAUGGGGACCUGUUCUGUAAAGCCUUGAAAACGUACAAUAUGUUAUGCUUUGGGAUCUAUCGCUUACGAGAUGCACAUCUAAACACACAAAAUCAGUGUACCAAACGGUACGUCAUCACCAAUCCUCCGUACGCAUUUGAGCUUGUGCCCUCGGACCUCAUAUUCUGCCUGAUGCAGUUUGACCAUAAUGCCGGCCAAUCACGGACCAGUCUCUCCCACUCUUCCCACUCCUCGCACUCUUCGAGCAAAAAGAGCUCCUCCGUCCACUCGAUUCAAACCACCAACCGCGCCAACAGAGUCAAAAGCAGGGACUCACGAGACAAACAAAAUGCAACAAGGAUCAAUAGAGCUGGCCAAGAAAAGACACGGUUUACAGAUGAGCCACAGAAUACCCACCUGAGAACCAUACAGAUCAAUCUUCUGAAUACUCACACAGUCAACCCUGUUGGUCUCAAUAAAUCCACCAGUAGCUUGAUCCCACCCAUCAGAGAAGCUGGGGAUGAAUGCUGAGCUCCAGACCCCAUCCUGACAUCUGGACAAAUGGACCUCCAGGACGACUUUUUGAUUGGAUGUCAGUGCGGACCUGGAUCUCCUGUAAACACAUACUAUCAAACUAACAACUGCUUUCCUUCCUACAUUGUUGCAGCAAUGUAACAUCUGAGCUUAAUUAAAACCAUUAAGACAAUCCUGAUCCCUACUCAACUUUCCCUUUGCACAGCAGUGAUCAGACUCCAUGACUGUUUUUUUGUUUGCUUGUUUAUUCCUUUUUGAGGAACUGGGAUCACUUGAGGAACCAGAGGUGGAUGAAGGACUAUAGUUUUAAGAAUUGCCUUUAAAGCUGUACAUCAACAACUACUGCUACUGCAUUUGAGUCACCUAGUCUGGUUGACAUAUUCUGUACAGUUUGUGUGUGUAUUUUGCAUCCAGCUGUAACCCCCUCACUCAUCCACCACCACAGUGACAUGAGGACUGAUGUUGCACUCCAUUUACAACAGGGGCUGAAACUCUGGAAGGCAAAGAGUAGUGCCCAAAUGUGGGUAAAACUAUGAAUAGGUAAAUGAAUCCAAUCAGCCCAAAGGUAACAGGGACAGCUUUGCAAUUUAAGGAUUUUUUUUUUUUAUUUCAGUUCA